AUGUCUACAGAAAUUCAAAGUGUUGAAGAUUUCAGGGUGAAAUACAGCAGAGGGUCCCAGGAGGAUGAAGGAGUGAGAGAGCAGAGUGAGGUGGAGGUGUUAGAUGAUGGAGAGCAGCACCCUGACGUUGGCCUACAAGAAGCUGAUGUUCACACCGAGAAGAAGCUUCCAGCUGUGAGAAGAAGCUGGUUCAGAGCUUUUGAAGUGAACCUGGGAGUGCUGUAUCUGCUGAUUGUGGUGGGAAUCAUGACACGCUAUAUUUUAGUGAGUUUGGAAAAAGAGCAGCUGCAGAAAGAAGUGAAGCUGAAGGACAAGAUGGGAGAUGCUUUGAACAAGAGUGAAUUCAACAAACUUCACUUCAAACACAAUAAACUGAACCACAGUUACAACGAGCUACAGACUGAACAUCAAGAGACAAAACGACUCAACAGUCAGUUACAGGAAGAAGUGAAGAAGCUGAAGGAGAAGAUAGAAGAGAAGUGUCCAGAAGGAUGGAUGAGAUUUGGAUGCAGCUGCUACUUUAAAUCCACUGAGAAGAAAACUUGGUCUGACAGCAGGAGAGCCUGUCAGGAUAAAGGAGCUGAUCUGGUGAUGAUAAACAGCAAAGAGGAACAGGAAUUUGUCAGUAAUUUCAGAGGAUACUAUUGGAUUGGUCUGAGAGCCAACCAGACAUCAGGAAGAUCUAAAUGGGAAUGGGUGGACGGAUCAGCGCUGACACAAACGUUCUGGGCAGGAGGACAUGAGAAUUCCCGUCCUGGUUACUAUGGAGGCUGCUGUGACGGUGAUGGGAGAUGGAUAUGGUCAUAUUAUUCUCAUUCAACGACCUUCAUCUGUGAGAAAUGAGUUUGGUGCUUUGAUGUAAAUGUUUGAAUAAUCCAACCAAAGACACCUCACUAUGAAAUGUCCUGCAUGAGCCUCAGACUCAGCUUACAGUCUUUACUUGUUCAUUCUGCAUCAUAUAUUGAUUACAUAUAUUGUCCCUCUGUGCUCUGUGCUGUACAGUAAGGUUGGAAGUCAUCCACACAAAACCUGAAGUACUUCAUUACUCUGUAGUUCCAGCAAAUUGUUCUAAUAAAAGUCAAAGUGCAGCUUGUCUUUACUUUGCUUUACUUGGUUUAUUCAUCAGCCUGUUGGUCCUAAAACUUCAGUAAAUAUCUUCUUCAGUUUCUCUCAAACAGCUGAAAGUUGCUGCUUCUUACUUUUAGCUACAAAUCAGGAACCAAGAGACUGAAACCAGCACAAAUUCAGUUUGUCAAACUUACAACGUGUGAAUAAGUGAAGAUGAAUCCGUUUAAAACAACUUUCCUUCUUCUUCUUCACUUACAUCAAAACACAACUUUACCUUCCUGCUUAGUUUGCAGCGAGCUGCCUGCACAGCGUUAACACACUGAAGGUCAAAGUUCAUUUCAGCAUGACAGAAAGGAAAAGUCCAGAAACAACAACCCUCACAGUGGACACGGUUAAAGUCUGUUGAUGACUCUGAACAUGACUCGGGUCUUUUUGUAACGUGGGCCUUAGUCGUCUUCAUGAAUCAGACAGUUUCAGAGCCAGUUUCCAUGUGACACACUUCCUGCUUUGGACCCUUUACCUGCAGCCUGUAUGUGUCCACAUGUGAUUGGUGCAAAGCUUUUAACUAAUGACCACAGACCCUGGUUGUGUUUCGCUUCAGAUGAUUUUCAGCAUUUCAUUGAAUUCUAACUGCAUCAAAGACAUUUCAGCGUUUCAAUUCAUCAAAAUGACUUCAGAUCUUGUUGCAUGCUGUGAAUUUCUCUGCUGGUAAACUCGAAAUAACUGAAGUUCACACUGACGCCAUAUUUCCUGCAUCAGAAACAUUCGCUCAUUACUAACAUUAUAUAUUGUGUGAUGACAGCAGCUUCUGAGAAAGCUAUUUUUAAGUUGCUGCUGCUAAGUUCAAGCUCAGUGUCUGUGCAUUAUGACAAACAUUUCAAAUACAUUUGUGGCUUUGCUUGUAUUGGUGUACAAGUAUCUAUGUAUUAAUGCAUGUAAUGGAAAA